CAAAAAUACCGGAUAUGGUCCCCAGGCAGAAACAAUAUGGAGGCACAAUAUAUUUUUGAUUUCGAGCUAAUAUUUGAUAAGUGAAGGUCGAAAUGCCUCCAAAAAAGGCAGUUCCCGCUUCAAAAGCACCUAAAAAGGCCACAGCAAAAGCUGUCUCUAAUAUAAAAUCGGUUUCGCCGACUAAAUCCCGUUCGACGGGGAAAGGGGCUGCCAAAGGUCCCAGCAAGGGCUCCAAGCCCGUUGCAGGGGCAUCGAGCAGCAAGCCUACCGGGAAAGCAAAAUCAGGAAAAACAGAGGUAUUUUAUGUGGGGUAUUUUAUGUGUAUGUGCAAAAUGAAGUGUAUUUGGCUUUGAUAUUUAUUCAAUAUAUAGGUUAACAUUUGUUUACUUUGGUUGCCAUGGUAAUGUCUGGGGUAUGCAAUAUUGCAAUGGUACCAUGUGUCACGUACAGCUUUUUUAUCUGGAAAACAAAUAUAUGCAGCAAAUAUAUGUUUCUUUCUUUACAAAGAAAUCUGUGCAGUGUUUAAUGUUCAUUGUACAUGUCACUGAACAUUAAACCAAUUAUAAAUAUCUUUAAUCAACCCCUAUGAAACAUCACUAUAUAGGUAUUCCUGUAGGAAUCUGAAUUCCUAAUAGUAAAUUCUGAUAAGAAUUCUUUUAGCAAAUUUCCUAAAGGGAUUCCUACAGGAAUAGUCUGAGAUUCCUAUAGGAUCACAUAUAGAGGAUUAAUUUCUAUAGAAUUAUUUGUAAGAGAAUUUCUAACAAAAUAUAUGCUUUUAUGAACAGAAUCUACCUUUUACUGACUAAUCCAACCCUUCCCGCUAUCCAUUAGCAUUGAAGCAACAACUGGACUGGUGAUUUUUCAACCAAUGUAAAAAUGCUUUAAAUCUACCUACAGAUAUGGACCUAUUAAUGAAAAUAAACUUUAAUUUACAAAUGCUAAUUUUUUAUCUGGGUCAUUCCAAUUAAUGGAUAAACUUGGAAAGCUUGAAAAAUCACUAUAUCCAAUGGAUAGCAUUAUCUGGUCUUUGCCGUACAACCGACCCUAGGUCAAUAUUAAGACCGUAAUCCCAAUCAACAGGAGAAAAAAUGGAGCAAACAAGAUGAUCAAGCUAGAAUAAUUCAAACAGCAGCAAGAAAAUAUCUUGCAAGAAAGAAAUUGGAGAAAUUGAAAAAAGAAAAACAAGAUUAUGAAGAAAUGAUGGUGAAGUUGGAAAAAGAGGUACAUACAAUGCUUGCAGAAUCAUCCUCAGAGACUAUCAGGGUUGCUAAGAGGGGGAGAGCAGGGGGGCACUUUGUGGUGGGCCCCAACUCAAAAGAGGUACAUACAGUGCUUACAGAGUCAUCCUCAGAUCGAGAUAUGAAAAGCUAAGCCAUGAUCAUUAUUAGUGCAGAAAACAAUGAAAAAUUUGAUUUCUGUAAGUUCCUCCAGAUCUCUCGAUUUGAAUACGAGCUGCCUGUUUGCUUAUGGCUAAGAAAAUCAGUUUAAAAUUGAAAUUUUUGGCAUGUUUCACUUCUCAUUAGUUAAUUAGUAUUUUUCUAUUUCAUAUUUGAAAUUAGCGGGUUUUGCAGACUUAAAAAGAGUUUCAUAAUCGCUUUUAGCGUCUCUAUCACACAAUAAGAAACACGUUAACAAAAAAUUACUGAAUUAUUAAAAUCGUAGACAUUACUAAAAUCAUAGUCUAGACUGUAGUACUCUAGCGCGAACUCUAGUGUACGAAAUUUACCAUAUGACUAUCAAAUGGAACACCAUCCAUAAACACGAGUUUUGCAAACUAACGUUAAAUUCUUAUUCGCUUCCGAAAAGUCGGAAAAUUUGGAAGAAAGCUCACAACUACGUCUACAACACAUAUUUAGUGCAAUUAUAUUCCGACUUUUCGCAAGGCUGUGAAAAUACUAAUAAUUAUAGUGUAUACAUCAUACUACCAUACUAACAGGUGAUGAAGAUAUAAAUUUCCGUUGUUGUCUUUGAGUGUGUCAACACGACAACACCAGGCUGAAACGUUUGCUUGAUCGCGGUGGGAAUCAAACCCACGACCUUUGGUUUGCCAGUCGCGGGUUCGAUUCCCACCGCUGUCAAGCAACCGUUUCAACUCGCCCGGCGUGGACGCACUCAGAGACAACAUCGCAAGGUUAUAAACUACUAACAAUCUGAGAUCAAGGUUUUAUUUCACAAAUGGAUUUAGUCAAAUAUCUAAUCAAAGUCUCCCGGAAGAAAUGUACUAAAUGUCAAUUCAGCACUGCUACCUUGCUAUAAGUGGAAUCCAAAUGAAUUGAGCAAGUCGUUGCACAAUGAAAAUCGAAGAAAGAGGAAAAACACUUCUUUCCAGUUGUCAAGCAAGUCUACAGCAUACUGCUGACACUCGCCAAGAUUCGUCUUGAUCAAUUCAAAUGCAGCCGUUCUUUGCGAAUUAACGGUGGAGAAAAUCUCGCUGAUCAUUCCUUCGACAAUAGGGCGAAUGAUUGGAAUCCAACCUCGCAGCACAUCACAUGGAUUCGCUAGAAACUGCGGGAGAAGAUUCGGGAACAUGAUAGAUACAAUUGGGGUUCCUUGUUGGAGUAUUUGCUCGGCGAUAUCUCGUUCUGUCGUGUAUAAAAUGAACUGCAUUUCUCGAGUGAGCGUAUCACACCAGCUCUCAAAAAGAGGCCCUAUGGUCAGAGUAUCGAUAACACGUGGGGCUGCAUGCUGACGAUUUUCAUUUGAACGAAAUACCGGAAAACUGCCACUUCCGCGAAGAUGAUAUUUUUCAAGACAAACAGCAUCGGCAAAUACAUCUCGUUGCUCUAUUUUCUCAAAUUUUCCACGGCAGCUAGCCAGUUUCCCAAGAGCAUCAUCGAUACACACCCACAUUUCGUCAUUGCAAUCUUUGACGUGUAGGCACUCCGCUUCAGAGAGCUUGAAGAUCGCUCGAAAAGCAUCGAUAAACAUUCGAGCCUUCUCUGCUUUAAUCUUUCCAAAGUGGAAGUUGUCACCGCACAGUUCCAGCGCUUUUGUGAUCAGACGCGAAGAAGCCAAGCGAAAUAUACGUAGAGCAUCGUCCACACGCCCCGUAUUGCGGUAGAGAAGACCAAGAAACAACGCGGCCAAAACAAUACCUUGAGCCAUAGUAGAAGACCAAACGUCCUGUCCAAUGGGGCAUCGAAAGCGCAGAAAAAGUUCCAAAAGUUUCUCAAAUUGUUUGAUCAUUUCUUGCUCGUUCUCAGCGCCUACCGAAAACACCAUGUAUGCAUGAUAGAAUAUGCGCAUGAAAUCACCAUUUUUUACGUAAUGCCUUGCUUUGCGCAUGGCAAGUUCGACGCUAGGAUCAUUGUACGUCCCAAGCAUCAUGUGACAGCUUCCCAACAUAAACAAGGUUGCAGUUUCAAAGAGACUUAUUACGCUUCCCUUUGACUGCAUGACGGUGUCAUACAAAAUUUGAGCAGUGUAAAACUCAUGCAAACCUUCAUUGUAGCUUCCCUGACGAAAUUUCAGAAAGCCUGAAAUUAGCAUAUUGUACGCACGCACAGUUAGUUCCGUUAUAGAAUUGGGAGCGAAAUUCUCCGAUUCGCUAGCUUCGAGGGCGGCAUUCAAGAAUGUUUCAAUGUUUGUGACAUUAUCUUGAUGGAAAGACGCCAAGGCAGCGAUCAAAUAUGUAAUGAUUUUCCACUCGCUGUUGUCACCAUCUCCCAUGGACAUCAAAAUUUUCUCGCAAUAUUGUGAGGUGUAAUCUGGGUGGAGACUGGCCAAAUACGCCAGGCACAGUCGCUUUAAAUCUUCAUCUGCAGUACUUUCAUAAGCUUGCGCAAAUCUCUGUAUCAUGUCGUUGAAAAAUUGGUAGGAUGUGAAGGAGAGAGCGACAGCGGAAUUGAAAUGGGAGUACUCGUAAAACUUUUCACUUGACACGAAUUGAAUGGUAGCGGUCUCGUGUGCUUGAAGCUUGAGCAGAAUUUUCUUUACACGUUUCUGAAAUGGAAAUACUGAAUAGAAGAACCGAAUACACAAGUCUCUAAUCAGUUCAAAAUUAAUGUCAGUAGAUUGAUCGAAGAAGGAAAAGAUCUCGUCUUGUCGGCCACAUCGUAGGUAAGCCAUUAACCGAACUUCGUUCACAAUACUAACAACGACAGACAAAUUGCGGUGAGAGUCGGCUGAAAUGAUAUCAUCUUCAAGCAGGCGAUCUAAGAUGCUCCACGGAGAAUUGUCAAUCACACUAGAAUCAUGAAAUUUACCAAUGUUAGUUAUCAGCAUUCCAACAGCACGGUAUAGUUUCUUCUUGAUCGACGAAAUCAGCCCGAUAUCUUGGGACGUCAACGAGAACUGGAAUUGGUCGAUCGCAUUUUGAAGACAGACGAUGGCUGACGACUGGCGAGGGUUAAAAUCCGAAGCAUCGUCGGAGAUGUUCGUCAUAGAAAGAACAAUGGCAUCAUAGGUAUCAACUAGUCCUGAGUCGUUGCCAUAAAGAAAGGACACAUUACUCAGAACGGUGGAUAAAUCAUUAUUAUUUCCUACGGGAGAACCAUCAAAUUUCAGCGCAGACACAUAGAGUUCGGCUAGUUCUGUUGGUGUUUUUAUAAGAUCUUUAUUUUGUCCCCUUCCUAGUACCAGACGACCCAGAGGAGUUUUGCAAGCCUUGCUCAUUCUACCGUCCACAGAAAAACCACACAUUUCGUCAUCGUAAAAUCCUUUUCCAAGAAAUGGCCAUUCUGUUGCGUCACCUCCACAUUCCUGAUUCGUGCAUGAACCGCUUGAACACUUGUACCUUUGCAGAGAAUUUGUUAAAUUAUUUGCAUCGUUCAAGGAAGGAAUACACAUCGAGGGCAAAAUUGUUUCCUGUAAAUUCAACACCUUGUAAUUGAAAUAUUCCAUUAAUUGCAUAAAGUACUUUUUGACAGACGCGUCAUUCUUGCCGUCUUCGAUCAAUAAAGCAGAUUCCAAAUCACUAAACGGUGUUGCCUCUCUUCUUGCAAAAGAUCCGAAUCCGAUAAAAGCGUAGUUGACGUCCUGAGGAGGUUGUCCGAGUACUUGUAUACAUUCGUCCAACAAUAGGGCGACGGCGUCUUUCAUAAACUCUCGGAUUUCAGUGAAAAUCUCUCGUAUUGCUUUUGCGCGUCUGGCUUCGCUGUCAGCAUCUCUGUCGUGUAGUGGAGAGGUAAACACGCUAUAAUUACUUUGAACAGACUUCAAUUUAUCGCUGCAUUGCUGUCUGAAUUCUUUCAAUUUGCUCUUGUGGUUUCUAUCGAUAUCGUGUUGAAAUUCGCUCGCGUUUAUGGCCUGACCACACUGGGAAAUUAUGUCUUCUUCAAUUCGACGUAGCUUCGCUUCUAAGUCGUUUUUCUUCGUAGAAUCGUUGCUGCGAAUCAAGCUGGAAUUGUAAAGAGCAGUGGCAAGAACGAACUGGUCCAAGCGAGCAAAUGGUGUGUCGGAGUUGUCUUCGAGUAAUGCGCGAGCGUUGUAAACAUCGCCAAGCUUUUCCAACGCGAUUGCCUCGUCGCCUUUAUUCUCAUCAUCAUGAGCUAUCUUCAAUGCUUUCGCGAUUUCCAGCUCACGAUGCCAGCUCGUUACUGAAUGAAUAUCUGCUUUCUCUAACUGAGCCGUAAACGAAGCGUUUGUCGACGUUGACAUGAUGAAAUAGCGAAUGUAACCAAAGUGAAAUACUUUGAGCUGGAUUAUAUAGGCCAAACUCCGGCAGCUUUACCAGGAAAACAGGAAAUUGCAAACAAUAGCGCUUUUUCUCAGAGAUGUGAAUAGAAAGAAUCAUAGUUUAUGAAGCUACUAAUAUCUAAGCUUGCUUAAAUAAACUUGCUGGUAUUUUUUGGUAAUUCGGAUUGGAGCAUUAGUAGUGACAUUACAUUCAAUGGCGUCCAUGGCAAUAUUUAGUGGGAGAUAUCGAUGUUAUGAGCAAAGGGUCAAAGGUCCUUUGUCUAGCUAUCUUGAAUGAGGGAAUGGGAAUUCCCCAGAAUUUGUCUUCCCCGGAAUCCGGAUAUGGAUUCCGGGAAUCUGGAUUCCCCGUUUCUCAGAUAAAAUGAAAUAUUAUGGCUUCAAUUGUUACGAAAUAAAUUUACAGUAACAAUGGCAAUUGAACUUAGUGAAGCGUAAUCUGGUCUAAAACGUUAAUCGCAAAUUUGAUAUCAGAUCAAAAUUGCACGACAGAUAUAAACUGUAACUUGAAUUCAUUUCAUAACAAUUCUUUAUCUGAAAAACGUGGAUUCUCGGAUUUCCCAAUUCCCGGAUUUCCCGAUUCCUGGAUUCUCCAUUCUUUAAAGAUAGCCGUUAUUCUAUUGUAAAACAUGGUGAUUCAUAUUCAAGUACCACUCACAACUCCCAAGAUAUGAAUAAAUCCAUCGUUUCAUUUACGGUAAUUUGACUUUCUCUCCCGAAGGCAUGGAUGCAAAUGGUUGAACGCGAGCGAGAGCAGGAGGAGAAGGAACGACAGAAAGAACAAGAAGAAAGAAAAAAGAAAGCUCAAGAAAUGAAAUGGAGGAAACGCAUGUUGGAAGCUGCUUUUGACGGUGAUGAUGAUGAAAUUAACUCUGUCUUAAGUGAGGUGAACAAACAGUAUUCCCAAAUUUUAAGAAUGAAGAUGAGACUGCGUGAGACUGUGAGAGUUUGCAAUCACGCGAACUUGGUUAGCUGUUCUUAAUACUUCCCAACACUAUCAUGUAUUCUAUUUAAGUUAAAACAUAGUUGGAACACUCAUCAAGCCUUUAUUUUGUUAAUCUAGAGCCUGACUGCCAACUCUCACUAUCAACUCUUAUGCUCGUUGAGUAACGUAUUGAGUAGCGAAAUAGUUUUCUGACUUCGCUCUGAACUGAAAUUAUUACGAAUUUGCUUUGCAAUGAAUUUCACAAACUGACUAACAUGCAUUUACUAGCUUUGAAGUGUCAAUGCAAACUCAUUAGCCAUUCUUUAAACAUAUGAUCGAGAUUACUGUAUAUCUUUUUAAGGCUUUAACGAAUGACAAAAAGCAAGAAAACAUAUCAGAAGCCGUGAGAGAACUACAUAUUAAAAAACAUCAGUUGAGUCUGGCUGACUGUGAAGACGCGAACGGUAAUACCCCGCUAUCAGAAGCCUCAGCCGGAGGGUAUGUAAAUACGAUACAACUGCUUCUUCAGAAAGGUGCCGAGAUCAAUUCUAGAGGACGUUACGAGCGUACACCGCUAUGGAGAGCUGCGUUUGCCGGGCAUUUACAAGCAGUUCAGGUAUAUACAGUUCACUAACUAAAUUUUCCUUUCUAACAAUCGUCCCUCUUUUUUUCUAUCCUGACUAUUUUUAUACGAAUGAUGGUAUUUGUUAGGUGUUAUUGGAGAAUGGGGCAGAUCCUCGACUACACGCAAACGAUGGAACAUCACCUCAACAAGUAUGUUAUAAAAUGAGUCAGCUCGGAAUUUCAUCUGCGCUGAUAGAGGUGACGUGUUCUGCAGAAGUCUACAGUAUUUAAGAUUAUCAUGCAAAUUAUUCACUACUUCUAAAUCAGUCAAUUGCGUUUUACAUAUUGCCAGUUGCCACACUAUUAUAUGCAAACAUUUGCUGCACCGUCGUCCUUUAUAUAUUCUGCUAUUCUACGCGUGUUCUUGCAGGUUGCAGCGAUAGCAGGGGUAGAAGAAGUUCUGAAAUCUUGGAAUAUUGAACAAACUGAUGAAUUAUUGAAAAAGAUCGAAGAAAAUAAAGAAAGAAAACUUAAGGAAGAGGAAAAACAACAAAAACAGGAAUGUGAUAGGUAUAUGUAGAGUAGAUAUAGUGUUUCAAGUCAAACGACUGAAAAUUUACACCAGCUCAAUUUACAGUCAUGUAAAUAUUUUUCCUUUUAAGGUUGGAAAAGAAACAACACGAAGCCGAGAAAGAGGGCAAAGCCUGUCAAAUGCGGGUUAGAGUGGAAUACAUCAUAACUGAUUAUCAAAAAUGCUUGUGAUAGGCUCGAAAAUUAGCUCUAUAAACUCGUUGAUGUAUCUUUUUACAGCUAGAGAAAGCACACUGCGAGUUAAACAAACGAAUAUUUGAACACGAUAAAUGUGUUGCAAUGGGAGAUGAAAACAAAAUCAAAAUAACAUUACAGGUAUUUAAUAUGCGAUGGCCAACAAAAUUACUGAAUUUUAAAUAAUACCUCUCUUGCGGCUAUGACUACAAUUCUACAUUCAUUUUUUCAUUUUCGAUACGUUUCUCAAUCGGGAAACGAACUUAAAAAGUACGUUUAGUGCUUUAUCUGUAAAAUAAUGCUAAUGAAGAGAUCAUUUAGAUGGUACGCCAAAGAGAAAAUGAUGUCUGACGUUCAGUACGUUUUGCUUAUAUUGCUGUAAAAAUGGCGUCACUUUUAAAGCUGUUUUUUUUAAAUGUUUUCCUAUUAUUUACCCAACUCAUUGUGUAUUUCUUGCCCAUUUUUUCACAGACAGUUCAUGAUGCUGAAACGGAAUUAGAAACAGCCAAACAUAGCAGUAAGAUAGCACAUGAUAAACUCGCACAGGUAUAACCCAUUGCCAUUGACACUCGACUAUAGUAGACGGAGAACAGAUUUCCACUUUUGACACUCAUGUUGUUCAUUUGCAGCUGAAAUUAAGAUUCAGAGAGCAGAGAAAAGAAAGGGCUGGUGGUCCCGGUGAGAUUGCUAUAACUUUCUAAGUACUUCAUGUUAAUGCAUGUGUAUCAUAAUAUUAAAAUAGGCCACGUAAAUACACUGUGUCUUUCCCGUAGGUGAGGAUGUGAAGGAGCAAGUAGGAGUAAAGGUGUCCAUAAAGGAACUUGAUGAUGUUCUUAUGAGGGACGUUGGUGGUAAAAUUGCUGAAAGUGGCAGGUAUAAUGCUCUUGGGAAAUCACAUGCAAAGGACCCAGUCUUCAAAAUUGCGACAAAAUUGUCUCCAAAAUCAGUGUGUGGUUGUGGGAAUUUUUCGUAUUUUUCGAACUGCAUGUCGGACCUUCAUUUCUUCAUCACACAAUGUACAUGACUUCAGCAUGUAUAAUUUUCAGAAACGUAUUAGUAUUUCAUGAGUAUAAUUUUAGCCUAUCAAAUCAAUCAUAACAUGUCAGUAGCUUUAUACCUGUUACAAUACUCCCUUAUAAGUAUUUUUCUACAGGGUGUAACUGAGACGUUUUUCAACUGAAAGUUUUGUUCCGAUAUUUCAGAUGGCCUCUGAUAAUCGACACCUCGUCGCAAACAUCAACAUUUCUGCGUUAUCGCGAUACCAACUUUCUUAAUGCUUUGAAUCCAAGCAAUAUGGAACCUGAUGCUAUACGUCUUGCAAUCUUAGGUGCAAUACGGUAAGUUAAGAGUGAUCUAUACAACUGAGCUACAGAGGCCAGUUGUCGAACUCUAAUAACCACACGUUCACGCAUAUAUACCAAUAUAGACAGGUUAGGUCUAAUAAAUGUUUAAAAAUUCACACUCGGAAAUUUCCAUCAAUAAAACCCUUCCACAAUUAGUGUGAUGACCAAGGUCCUGGUAUUCACCAAUGCACCUGUUUUGAUUAACCCUGUUUAGUUUUGGUAAACCAUUGGUUCUAGACAUGAUGGCUGUUGAUAUGUUUGAAAGCGUCAGGAUGAAAUUCGACAUCGUUCAAGAAGGAUUGUUAAGCACAAUUAUGACAAAAGAAAUUCUUAAAGAUGACAGGUAAGUUCCAAAUGAAGCCAAAAGACCGAUUUACACUUUUGCCUAAAACUGUCGCAUGCAACCUGCUUACAACUUGAGUUGUACUGUGUAAAUCAAGCGCACAACUCGUCUAUACGACAACAUUCCCAUCAUGCACCGUUAUUGUUUUUUCAAUCUUCAUUCAGGGACUGGGUACGAGUCAGGCCCUGACCUCAGUAGUGGUAACUGUAUGCAUGAUCUACUUGGUUAUCAACGUAUUUUGUUCAGGUUUCUCUCACUCGUUAAACCAGAAGACGGAGAGCAGUAUAGCAAGACAGCAUUCCUGGGAGCAAGAAUAGAAAAUUUUAAAUUUAUAAUCUUAACCCAACUGUGGAACUCCAGUGAAGAUUUGAUCAAUCAAACAUAUCCUUUGCGGGUUAUGAUACCUUCGAAAAGUUUCUAGAAAUUUAAACCUUAGGUCAUAGUAUAGUUUUAUAUAUUUAUAUUAUAUAUUUUAUACUAUUAUAUGAUUAUAUCAACGAUAAAAGUUAUGAUGAAAAAGUAAUGAUUAUCACUAAAAAUGUAGCGAUGAAUUCUUCAAGUGGAUGUAAAAGGUGCAUGCUAAUAUCUGUGUAAAUAUGCAGUUUAAAGGGCUUUGCAAUUUUAUUGUGGGAGUGUUAUUAUUUCAAUAUGCACAACAUAUUCAGAUAUGUGCUACUCUGGGUUAUUUUUCUCUUUAUGCGACGAUUCUUUGUCCGUCGUUUUCCCAAAAUCAUUGGCGCUGAACACGCCGAAGAGACAGCCAGCCAAGACCACCGGACUUUUAUGCCCUGCUUCCAGAGCGCUUCUUGUGGCCGCGACUCGCGUCAUGGUGGCCUGGAGCUGAGCGUUAGACUGCUGUCGCUGACCAGUUUUGCAGUAGUACGCAAAAUCUUCACAAUUGUUGCCCAAAAUUUGGUACUCUCCAAAACCGCUUGUCAGACAUUCCGAUGCUCGUUCCAGGACUUUGUCCUCGCUUUCGCAUUCCUGCGCACAAUAGGUCCCAGGCCACUGGAGGUUAUCCGCGUCGUCCGAGACGCCAUAUUUGUACACGCCAAAAGGGUAAUCUUUAAUGAAGUCUCCAACGGGUAUCUGCUGUACAAGACCAUUGCUGUCGCAG